UAUUUGUAGCAAAAUAAUUUUACCACAGAAGAAGACAAGGACGAAAGAAGCGGCCUAACGCAAAAAUUGUUUUUCACUAAAUUUGUUCUUACCAUCUUUUUAAUUUAUGUUCAAGAGAACAGUUUUGUGUUAGGUGAAUUAAACUCGCUUAACAUCGCUAAUUUGCAAAUCUAUCGCUAAUUCUUCCGGUCGAGGCAUUACAGUAGUUUGCAGAGAUGUCUGAUUUACUGACAGUGUACGACGAUGACCAGGCCAACACCUUCAUUGACUGCAUGAUCUGCGAUAAAAGAAUAAGGGGCGAAACCCAUUACAAAAUCCACGUGACUACAGUACAACAUUUGAAGAAAGAGGAAGCCCUUGCUGCACAGGGAAAGAUUCCGAUACAACCUCCACUGCCGGAAUGGACAGACAUCAUCGAAUAUUUGCAAUACCUGAAGCUUGAUGAGCCCAUUAUUGGUCUCAGCUCCCUGAGACAGAUUGAAGAUCAUGUCACUGACGAUGGCAAAACUGUGUUAAAGUACAGGUGCCGAAUGUGUGCCGUUGAUAUGGACCUUUUUAGUAUGGUGGCCCAUAUCGUUGGACGCAAGCACCGACAAAAAUACUUGGAACUGAAAAGGCCAGAUUUGGUGACAUGGCAUGACAACGCGCAGAAACAACCAGGUCUCGUUGCCAGAGCCAAAGCUGCAGUAGUUGAAAAGCAGGAGGGAUGGGGAACGCCAGUGGCACUCAGGAGAGAUUUUACAAAUUACAAAGGAAGAGAUUUACAGUCCAGUGUUCAUGAGCAACCCUACUAUGGACGAGACUCUAGUAGGAAGUCACCUUUGGCUAAAGAUAUUCAUAAACAGGCAUACUUAGAAGAACAUGGGAGACCAUAUUAUACUGGCGAAAAGUACGACCAGUAUGAUAGACCUAAUCCAGAUGAUGCAAUCCGCCAGCAAUCCUAUCCCGGAGGAAACCGACAUCAAAACCCUAUGAAGAAGCUGACAUUCGAGGAAGAGCCCUAUGCAGACCAGGGUGGAAGGAGACUUCGAGAAGACUAUGAAGAAGUUGUUGCCCAAGGACAGUUCUCAAGAGGUGAUAGACAUAUGUCUAUAGAUGUCCAAGAGAACGCUUAUAAUGAAGGCCUGCCAAGAAACCGAUUUAAUGACAAAGACCUCCGAGUACAGCGCCCUGGAGAAUCAGAAUAUCAGGCAGAGCAAAUGGAAGGUAGACGAUAUGCAACUUAUGAAGAGAAAAACCCUGCCACAAAUCCCAUGCCAAUGCAUGGAAGAAGCUUUCAUGACGAGCAAAGAAGAGGGACUGUCAGAGAAAUGCACAGAGGGACUUGGGACAAAGCUAAUGAGAUGCAAGGUUACCCCCACAUGUUUGAGCCCAGAGAUCCAAGAGCAUAUUCACAGGAAGCGAUUCCAUCUAAAAAGAAAAAGAAGAGCAGAUUCUCUGAUGCAACCGCAGAGGAAAUAGCACUCGCACAUAUGAGACAUACAAAUAAAUCUACCCAAAAAGACAACCCAAGAGGAGCACAGUUCAGAGCAAAGCCUCCACCUCCGUCAUUCAAUAACCAAUUUGUGGAUCCUGGAAGUACAUCCCAUCUUGAUCCAAAACAUGAAAAUGUUCUGGACAUACUUAGUGACAUCCAGAUUGAAAAUAUGGAUGACGCCAGAUUUCUUAAAGAAAAGCUGUGCACGGUUUUGAAAGAGUUCCAAGCAAAGAAAACUGGGGGCCCAUCUUCACAAUCUGGAAUUGAUCACAGAGGGGUAAAGCAGACGGACCAACGCAGAGAUGCACAUAACGACCCAAGGGAUGAUCCAGAUGGCAUGUAUUCAGAAAACAGAGGUUUCCAAGAGAUCAGACGAUAUGAAAAUGAUCCCAGAGGUUUCCAAGAAUCCGGACAAUAUGGAGAUGACCCCCGAGAUUUUCGAGAGGUCCGACAAAGUGAGGACGACCCCAGAGGUCUUAGAGAGACCAGACGUUAUGAAGAUAAUUACAAGGGGUCAAACCAGUUUGACGGUUAUCCCAGUGGUCAAGAAGAAAGGCCGUACGCUGAUGAUCCCAGAGGAUUUCAAAAGACAAGGUUUCAAGAGAACCCUCAAGGUAAUCCAGAGAGGAGACGAUAUGAUGAUCCUAGAGAAAAGGAACAACAAUACGAAGAAUAUUCAAGAGCUUCCAGAGAAGAACCUCCAAGAAGAACUCAAGAGACAAGAUAUUACGAAGGCGAUUACAGAGGCUUUGGAAAUUUGGAUUCUGAAAGAAGACGUUCAUUUGAGCAUUUUGAAGACCGAGGCCCUGCAGGUGCUGGGAGAGGUUUUCAAGAGAGCUUUGGUAAGCCUCCUGGUAACUUCCCACCAACUUCUCUACAAGACGAAGCAAGGAUGUAUCUUGGGAGAGCACAGCAGAGGUCCCAUCAGAAUGACCGUCAACCUAGCGAGGAACUUUACGACCCGUUCCACCCAUCAUCCUCACCACCUCCAGAAGCGAGCACCUCCACCAGUCUUGACAAAAUUGCCUCAACUCUUCUGGAGCUUGUGGCUCGUAGAUAAAGUUAAAGAUGAUGAGUCGGAUACUUCAUGAUGUGAUAUAGCUUUAGCUUGACAAAGGGAUAGUUCGCCCAAAAAUUUGAUGUUCAUCUG